CAGAAGGCAAUAACUGGGGGGAGCCGGGGCAGGACGCGUGGUUCCCCGUGAAUUGCUUUCAUACUCUCUCUUUCUUUCCUUGUCUACAAAUACUCAUUCAAACUCUCACCCCGACUUUCCCAUCCUUCCUUCUUGUUCUUCUUCUUUAUUUCUCAUUCUGUUUCGAUUCAACACGAUUCUCUUCCAUUCUCAUCUCUCCUCUCUGUUCCAUUUCACUCCUUUCUAGUACCAGAUUUCUGUUCCUCUCGCUAACAAGGGCCUGGCUGCGGCAGGAUUCGCUGUUUCCGCGUAUAUGGCGAUUUUGCAGCCCGACUUAGAUUCUAUUCAUUCCGAUCCGUUGCCACCAUCCAGUCUUAAACGGCCCACCGAUUUUGGGGCCGAUCCUAGCCAUCAAAGUUCUCUCCACCCCGUACGGUGGAGAUCCGACACGGAGCGCCGGAUCUACUCAUCCAAGCUCGUCGAAGCUCUGCGCCAUGUCCUCCGCCGCAGUCCUUCUCUCCCGCCCAAACCUAGCGGCGGUCGUGAAAUUCGUGAGACGGCUUAUAGAGUUCUAGCCACGACGGCCAAGGGGAGAACUCGAUGGAGUCGAGCGAUUCUGGCCUCUCCGCUCGGCCGUUGGAGAUUCCAGAGGCAACACAAGAAGGUGAAGAAGAUGACAAGAGGAUUGAAGAAGCCGGAGAUUAGGAAAGAGAGAAAGAGGUUGCCUGCUUUGCAGAAGAAAGCGCGCGCUUUAGGCCGAUUAGUUCCUGGUUGCCGUAAGGUCUCCUUUCCAAAUCUUCUGGAAGAAACCACUGAUUAUAUACCGGCGUUGGAGAUGCAAGUUCGAGUAAUGACGGCACUCACCGAACUGCUUACCGGUAGUAGCGCACCGGCCGAUCGAAUCGAGGGGCCUCGACCGUAAAACGUUGAACUGACCCCAUUAUUCAGCCUGGGCUUAUGGCGCCAGGUGUUUUUUUUUUCCUUCUUUUUUUCCCCUCUCCCUCUUUCCUCUCUAGUAUUGGUUUUUAAAUUCAUGUAUUUUAUUGUGUAUAUGAUGGCUUUUCUUCCUUUCUGAGUAUUAAGAUGCCCUAUCGCAAGUCUUAACCACCUUUUUAAUUUAUUUAUGUUCCCUAUUCUUUAAA